AACAGGACACAAACUCAUCCAACAGUUCUGAAUUAAAAUGGGCUAUGGUAGAAGCAGAGCAUCCUCUGUUUUGGACGGUUUCAGUCUAAACCCCGUGCCAUACCCCGUUCUGCUAAUCUUAUCACUGAUCCUUCUAUUCCUCGGCAUUUCAUGGUACUUGUCGUAUGAAGAAGUAGUUGAAGCCGCUGAAGAACAACUGGGGUGGAUGCUGUUAGCCACACCAGUGGUGCUAAUACUCGUAGUUCGUUGGUUAUCGUCAGUGGAUACUUCAGAAUGGUUCUUCUUUAACUCCUCGCCAUGGGAGAGGCGUAGGAGAACCCACCACUUCCCAUCAGAGGGUAGCUCCCCUUGGGGUGUUGCUGCUUUGAUCCUGCUUGUUCUCGUGCUUCUUCAUUAUCACUCCACUUUUCUUGAUGCCUGGUUUGUUUGAUUUUAUUUCGUCCUCUGUUUAGAGUUUCUUGGUAUCUCUAUAGUUACGAGCUUUGUUUGUGUUUAUUACUUAUUUAUAGAGAAAGGACAUAGUAACUUUGAUGCAAGCCUUUGUGAUUAUCGUAGAUAUGUAGAUGAUUAGAUUAUGCUGCUCUAUGAAUAUGAAUUUAUGAAUUGUAUUUAAGGUGUUUUGUGAUUAUGAAUGUAUUUCUUCCUACAUGAA